AUGAUCGCAAAUAUUCUUCAAGAGCACAGUGCUACAUCUUAUGGUUACUUAGCAACACGAGGUGUGGCUACAUGUGUAGCAGUUAUCGUAAUAUUUGUCAAUUCUACAAUGAUUUUUAUUGAGUAUAUUAGUGCUGAACGUUUGUUCAGGGAUAUGCCGACUGUCAAUGGUACACAACGACGACUGGAACUUAUAGUUCGUCAUAUUUUUCAACGAGUCGGUUCAACGGCAGUCAUCCGAUCUGUUCUAUUGUUGGGUGGUGUUGUUCAGUCUUCAUAUGAAGCUCUUGAAUUGAUCAUCAAUAUUUUAUGUCAUAGACGAGCGACAAUACAUGCUAUUACAAGUCGUGCUACAGAUAAUCAACUUCGAAAUUUUCUUGAUGCAAUUGUUCUUAUUCGUCUACAAUUAAAUUCAGAUGCAUUAUUUAGAGGUGAUACGGAACAUAUUGUAUAUCAGAUGUCAAUUGUAGUUACCAUUGACCAAACUGAUAAUUCUGGACGUUUGAUGAUUUCUCAAAUAAAAGAGAUUAAUUGCCGCGAUUCAGACAUACUACAGAUGGUCAUUUUGGAUGCAAGAUCAGGCGAGAUGUUAGUUUAUGGUCAACGAUCGAUUGUCAAUGAUACUUGA